GCCAGCUCCAUGCAGGAGGUGUUUGCCUUGUGGGGCAAGGUGCCUCCCUGCGCCGUGGCGCCUUUGAAUGCUGACGUAGAUCUCAUCCUGAUGUAUAGCAUGCACUUUGAGACGAAUCCAGCGGCUUUGGCCGCUGCAACGGAGCUUGAGAAUGGCUUCGCGAAUGGGACCUACGCUUGGGCCCAGUGUUUUCGGAGCUUGACGAUCCACCAGGCGAACUUGACCUCCUACGAAGACAUCUAUGAUGCGAGAGGCUACGAGGUUCGGCGAGAUUGGGUCAAUGGACCCAACUUGGUGUUUCGGGCAGUGCUCAAGAACUUCAUGGAUGGGACCUUCGGCAAUUACAGCCACUUCUACUACAUGGAGUUCGAUGCUGUGCCUGUCCGUGAAAUGUGGAUGGACCAGUUUGUGACCGAGGCCUUGUUCUACCCAGAGGCUGCAAUCCGGGGCAGCCAUUUUCGCGGAGACACCUGGGACACCUUUCUCACGAGUAUGCCCGUGGAGCUGCUCUACCACAUCAAUGGCAAUGCCAUCUACAAUGUCCGUCAUCCUUGGUUGCAGUUCUUGGCGACCAAGUUGGACGAA